AUGGCUUUGACAAGUGGUACAAAACUUGACGUUGAGCUGCAGCGUUUUGAAAACAGUCCUCCAACAUACACCCAGACCACAGAGCAGCUACCGGCUAUUCCUGCUUUGAGUUUGUCUCAGGAUGCAGGCCCUGCAAAAUACACCACGGUCACUCACUUUGAGUGUAUCGCUCAUCUCAAGUUUCUCGCAGCGCUCUCUGAUCUGCGUGACACGAUAACAAGCUUGCCGAACCUAUAUGAUAUCCCAGAUCCUUCAGCACGGCAAUUUUCGACCCAAAUCAACGAAGCGUGGGCCUUGGUCAAGGAGAAGCGAUGGGCAGUUUAUACGGCCAAAGCUGUCCAGCGAUACACAACCUGGUGGAAUCAUUCCGUCCCGGCGUCUCGUCCUCGACCAAGUGUUCAUCAUUUUACAUCCAGCGUAUAUGAGAAUAUCACUGUUUGCAAUGAGCCUAUGUCUUGGACUCGUGACAUGUUGCCUCCUCUAGAUGUCUUAAUGGUUUGGCAUGCGCACCUGCUCAACCCUAGGGCUUUCCUUGAGGACUGCAUUCGUUAUGGAAAGAUUAGUUUUUGGGCAGGAGGAUUUCCAUGGCAAGCGAUCAAUGAGUGUAUCAAUGAUCAAACGCUAGUAUUCGACGCCGGAAAGACUGCAGAGACGUUUUUUUCUGCGGCUACUGGUCUCAACUGGGAUAACCUACAAGACUUACCGAUGAAGACUUUCGAAUGUCCCAGUUGCGACCACGAAAACUCUGUACCCUGGACUGAUGGAACGUUCACGGCGCCACUUGACCAAACAUUUGAAUACUGGCGCGGUUUCUCGGAUAAAAAUUUCGGUACAUUCUGUACUCGAUGCCGGCUUGGAAUUACCCACGAGACCUUGCGCGUUCAGAAAUUCAGAUCAGAUGUCAGAGAGCUUGUGAAGGGAUACAUCCCGAUGCCAGGGACGUUUCUGAACGUAUGGGGCGUGCCGGAACGUCUCAGCUCAACCCGACGACGGAAACAGCAACCAGAUUUCCCCAAUCGACUGAUUCGAGCUGCAAAGCGCGAUAUCACCGAUUACAUGGAUUCUUCCAUCUGGAUUUGCCCCAGUGUGUCCAUGAUACGGGAUCACCUCGGUGCCCUAAUGCAGGAGCGGCAAAUCAUGCGCACAGCUCUUAACAGUUCCCAAACAACGCUCUACGUAAACGAAAGGAUUGCCUUUCGACGCAUGAUGUCCCGCUACUGGGACAACAGCUCACAAUUCGCCCUUGACCUAGUCGGCGCAGUCGUUCGGCAGGGGACAUUCAUCCAGAAAAUGGAUAACAUCGACUGGCUGCGCUCUCCCACCCUUUCCAAAACCAUGCUCCGCCUUAUUCGCAAAUACGCCGUCUUUUUUCAGAUCAUGUCCUCCAAUCCUAGCCGCAUGGCUGUCCCAACCCUCGACGUCGACCUCGCCUGGCAUACGCACCAACUCUCCCCAGCCCGCUACUUCGAAUACUCCACCCACCGCACCGAGCAAGAUGGCAAACGAGCCAUCUUCAUUGACCACGACGACAAAGUCUCCGAGACGAAACUCUCCGACGCCUUCGAGUGGACUACCAAGAUGUACCGCAAGCUCACAGACGGUGGCAUUUACUCUGAGUGCACUUGCUGGUACUGCGAAGCCACCCGAGGGUCCGACCUCAAGGGCAAACUCACCAUCUUCUCCUCCUCCGGCUCAAAGGCUCGCAGCGCAGCCGCCAACCUGCACGACAACCCAGAUAUCUCUGCGCACCCUGAUAAAAACCCACAUAUCUCCGCGCACAGCGCCGUAAAGACCAAACAAGCAGUCGCAUAUACCGCCUCAGGAGUCGACCCCUGCCAUAUGAAAUUUCUGAAACUCCGCAGCGAGUAUGAAAAGGCCCGCCGCCGAGCAGGUAAGCGGACGUCUCGAGACGGCAAAGCCCCAGUAGGUGCGAUUGACGAGAAGCAUCACGGCAAGGACGACGAUGAUGCCGAGAAGCGCGACCGAGAUUUUUACACGACGUACCCGCUUAUGUGGGGGUAUCCAGUCUACGUCCCCUACUAUGCACCCUACACCUGUGACCCGAGUGUCCAUUGCGAUGUGUAUGCUGCGGAUCCGGCCUGCAUGAAUCUGAACCCUGGGCAUCCUGGGAACUGUGCCUCGGGAACUUGUGGUGGCGCCGUUGCUGCUGGGGGCUGUGGUGGGAAGGGUGGAUGUAGUGGUGGGUGUGCUGGGGGUUCGGGGGGCUCGAGUGCUGGCGCCGGCUGUGGUAGUGGUGGAGGCGGGGGAUCGUCGGGCGGAGGCUGCUCAGGGGGCGGCGGUGGAGGCGGCGGUGGAUGUGGGGGAGGAGGAGGGGGCUGUUGA